GGAGGAGGAGGAGCAGGGGGAGGGCUGUCAAAUUCGGGAGCCAGAUUUCUUUCCCUUCCCCUGGCAAGCCCUUCCGCUCGCCCGGCUCCUGACGUGACAUCUGCGCACCGGGGACCUGCAUGUGUGCGCGCGCGAGCGAGCUGAAGAAUGGCAGUGCUCAAACUCACCGACCAGCCACCACUGGUCCAAGCAAUCUUCAGCGGUGAUCCAGAGGAGAUACGCAUGCUCAUUCACAAGACUGAAGAUGUGAACGCUCUGGAUUCCGAGAAGCGAACCCCGCUUCAUGUGGCUGCGUUCCUGGGAGAUGCAGAGAUCAUUGAACUCCUGAUUCUGUCAGGAGCUCGUGUAAACGCCAAGGACAACAUGUGGCUAACCCCACUGCAUCGGGCUGUUGCCUCCAGAAGUGAAGAAGCAGUGCAAGUGUUGAUUAAGCACUCGGCUGAUGUCAAUGCACGGGACAAGAACUGGCAGACCCCCCUCCACGUGGCAGCAGCCAAUAAGGCUGUCAAGUGUGCAGAAGUGAUCAUUCCCCUGCUGAGCAGCGUCAAUGUCUCCGACCGAGGGGGGCGCACAGCCUUGCACCACGCUGCUCUGAAUGGUCAUGUGGAGAUGGUCAAUUUACUCCUGGCUAAAGGGGCGAACAUCAAUGCAUUCGACAAGAAGGACCGACGUGCUCUGCACUGGGCAGCAUAUAUGGGCCACCUGGAUGUCGUAGCACUGCUCAUUAACCACGGCGCAGAAGUGACGUGUAAGGAUAAGAAGGGUUACACCCCCCUGCACGCUGCGGCCUCCAAUGGACAGAUCAGUGUUGUCAAACAUCUCCUGAAUCUGGGGGUGGAGAUUGACGAAAUCAACGUGUACGGGAACACGGCUCUUCACCUGGCCUGCUACAACGGGCAGGAUGCUGUUGUUAACGAGCUGACUGACUAUGGUGCUAAUGUGAACCAGCCGAACAACAGUGGGUUCACCCCUUUGCAUUUUGCUGCUGCCUCCACACAUGGUGCUUUGUGUCUUGAACUGUUAGUAAACAACGGGGCGGAUGUUAACAUUCAGAGUAAAGAUGGCAAAAGUCCACUGCACAUGACAGCUGUCCAUGGAAGGUUCACACGAUCACAAACUCUCAUUCAGAAUGGAGGUGAAAUUGACUGUGUGGAUAAGGACGGCAACACUCCUCUCCACGUGGCUGCAAGAUACGGUCAUGAGCUGUUGAUCAACACCUUAAUAACCAGCGGAGCUGACGCAGCCAAGUGUGGAAUCCAUAGCAUGUUCCCCUUACAUUUAUCUGCCCUAAAUGCUCACUCUGACUGCUGCAGAAAGUUGUUAUCAUCGGGACAAAAGUAUAGCAUAGUGUCCUUGUUUAGUAAUGAGCACGUGCUGUCUGCAGGCUUUGAAAUAGACACCCCAGAUAAAUUUGGAAGAACAUGCCUUCAUGCUGCUGCUGCAGGAGGUAAUGUGGAAUGUAUAAAACUCUUGCAGAGCAGUGGAGCAGAUUUCCAUAAAAAGGACAAGUGUGGGAGGACCCCUUUGCACUAUGCAGCUGCAAAUUGUCACUUUCACUGUAUUGAAACAUUAGUGACCACAGGGGCCAAUGUUAAUGAAACAGAUGACUGGGGACGGACAGCUUUGCACUAUGCUGCUGCAUCAGACAUGGAAAGAAAUAAAACUAUCUUAGGAAAUGCCCAUGAAAAUUCAGAAGAGCUUGAAAGAGCCAGAGACAUGAAGGAAAAGGAAGCUGCAUUAUGUCUAGAGUUUCUGCUUCAAAAUGAUGCGAAUCCAUCUAUCCGGGACAAAGAAGGCUACAAUAGCAUACAUUACGCUGCCGCCUAUGGCCACAGACAGUGUUUGGAAUUGCUUUUAGAAAGAACCAACAGUGGUUUUGAAGAAUCAGAUUCCGGUGCUACCAAGAGUCCGCUCCAUUUAGCUGCCUACAAUGGGCACCAUCAAGCCCUGGAAGUCCUUCUGCAGUCGCUGGUGGACUUGGACAUCAGGGAUGAGAAAGGCCGCACGGCUCUGGAUCUGGCUGCCUUUAAGGGACACACAGAAUGUGUGGAGGCUCUUAUCAACCAGGGUGCAUCCAUCUUCGUGAAAGACACUGUAACCAAAAGAACCCCACUCCAUGCCUCCGUAAUUAAUGGUCACACACUGUGUUUGCGGCUAUUACUAGAAAUCGCAGACAGCCCAGAAGUGGUUGACGUGAAAGAUGCCAAAGGACAAACCCCACUGAUGCUUGCAGUAGCGUAUGGACACAUUGAUGCUGUUUCAUUGUUACUGGAAAAGGAAGCCAACGUAGAUGCUGUUGACAUCACGGGCUGUACAGCUUUACACAGAGGGAUUAUGACAGGACACGAGGAAUGUGUGCAAAUGCUGCUGGAACAGGAAGUGUCGAUUCUCUGUAAAGAUUCCAGAGGGAGGACACCCUUGCACUAUGCUGCUGCUCGGGGCCAUGCCACAUGGCUAAGUGAGCUGCUCCAGAUGGCACUUUCUGAGGAUGACUGUUCUUUCAAAGAUAACCAGGGCUACACCCCACUGCACUGGGCUUGUUACAAUGGUAAUGAAAACUGUAUAGAGGUACUUUUGGAGCAAAAAUGUUUUCGCAAAUUUAUUGGUAAUCCCUUUACUCCACUGCACUGUGCAAUAAUGAAUGAUCAUGAGAACUGUGCAUCACUGCUUCUUGGGGCCAUAGAUUCCAGUAUUGUCAAUUGUAGAGAUGACAAAGGCAGGACACCCCUUCAUGCAGCAGCCUUUGCUGAUCAUGUGGAGUGCCUGCAGCUUCUUCUGAGACACAGCGCUGAGGUGAAUGCAGCAGAUAAUUCAGGGAAAACAGCAUUGAUGAUGGCUGCUGAGAACGGGCAGGCAGGCGCUGUGGAUAUUUUGGUGAACAGUGCCCAAGCUGAUCUAACUGUAAAGGAUAAGGACUUGAACACACCCUUACAUUUGGCUAGUAGUAAAGGUCAUGAAAAAUGUGCCUUGUUAAUACUUGACAAGAUACAAGAUGAGAGCCUUAUUAAUGCCAAAAAUAAUGCACUGCAGACACCCCUCCACGUUGCUGCACGAAAUGGCUUGAAGGUGGUGGUUGAGGAGUUGCUGGCCAAAGGGGCCUGUGUACUCGCUGUAGAUGAAAAUGGUCAUACCCCGGCCCUGGCUUGCGCUCCUAACAAAGACGUGGCUGACUGCCUGGCCCUCAUUUUGGCUACCAUGAUGCCUUUUUCUCCUUCCAGCACAAUGACGGCUGUCAACUUCGUUUGUUUUAAAAAAGACAAUUUGAGCAGGACGACUCUCUCCAGUCUGGGUAGUAUGGUUAGCCUAUGCAGGAACAACGUAGGCUCCGAGGACGGGUACAAUGACAAUGAUUCUGAUUCGGAAACGUUUUGACUUUGGACUGUAGGAACUUUUCCUUGACUACCCAUGUUGGAGGAAAGAAGCUUGUAUUCCAGGUUUAUGUUGUGUUCAAGUAUUACUAUGGGCCCAAGCUUCCAGAAGCCAGUAGAAAGGAAUUAAUCAAAUGUAGGGAUGGCAGCUAGGCUGUUGGGCAAAGCACUGAGGUGGGACCCGAUUUUUAUUUGUUUCAUGUUUUCUUUAGCUUUGAGAUACUUCUGUGAAAGCCUACCUCUUAUUUUAAGUAAGGGAUAAAAAAAUGCAUUUAAUUCUUUUUCUUUGAGGAUAAUGCAACUGAGAGGGAGCUGUUCUCUAUAAAGAUUUUAUUUUUCACGUAUUCGCUCAGCACUGAGUUCUCAGAAGUUUAUCAAUAUGACAUUCAUUGUCCCCUGGGAGGGGGGUGAAGAGGUCGAUAGAAAAUGCCUCAAACCUCUUCUCACUUUGAUGUUUACUUCCUCACUAGAAGCCAAAGGUAAAGGUGUUCAUUUUCAGAAAUAAUGCCUGUAAUAAUCUUUUUAAGGGAGUCCAAUUAUUCAUAUCCUCUCUAUAGUAAGCAUUAAAUAUCCCGAACUUCAUUCCAAGGAUUUUGUUAAAGUUGAUUGAAACUUGACCUUGCUUUUCUCAUUUUAACACAAAUAUGGCAUUCAGUGCUCCCUAUAACAAGCCUGUGACUAAGUUUCACCCAAGUGAUUAAGUCUAAAUCUACUAACAUUUUAGGUGAAAAUUAUAUUGCACCAAACUUUGAGACAUAUGCAAAUUUAAUAUGAAACUACCCUUAUUGAUUUCUUCUUAAAUCAAAAUAAUAACUUUUUAAAAACAUCAAAACCACCAGCAUUGUUCACCAAUAGUAAAAUAUUAGAUAAGUUUCUCAGUCCAGGUAAUGCCAAGUGAGUGGGAAUGUGACUGCAAAAGGCAACGAAGACAGUGAAAACAGGAGAGAGAAAUGGGUGAUGUGGAAAUUCAAGCCAGUUGAUGGUUGCCUGAUGAUGAAAUCAACAUAGUGAAUACUGUGUCUGCUCCCUCUGCCAAAGUUUCUAGGUCAAAUGGACCCCGUUCUGCUCCUGGAAUAGCUGGACAAAAAGAAGAAUGAGACUCUAAAAAUUAUGCACAUACAUAUGCACACAUACAUGUGUGUAUACAUUAUAUAUACAUAUGAAUAUGUCUGUAGUUCAUCGAUCAGCUAUGUAUGAGGACCCGAAUGCUUUGGUCCAAAAUGGAAGAUCUUAAAUUGUUUUCCUUCAAAAUGGAAAUGAGAACUGAAGUAGCUUUUCUAUGGAGUUAAAAUAUAAUCUUUUUGUGUAACAGUUUUUGUUGUAUUUUAUAUUUCUAAUGACACAGAUUUCUAGUUGAUGGCUAAACAUUUGUAACUGAGGAUGUGUUGACCGCAGCUUAUUUUUUUUGCCAAACUAGAGAAACUGUUCAUAUACUUUUGACGUAAAUGUGUUUAUAUUUAUUUGAAAUGAAACCACAGCCGAGGAAACAUCCAUUGUUUGUUCUCUGUUUUAAUUGCUAUGUGUCUUACUUGGAAUAAUAAAAAAAGCAGAAAAACAUCCAGGACGCUCCCUGGACUAGCCAGCAGUCCCAGGGCCAAGCCCAGUGCUUCCACCGCUUAUGUUUCCAGCCGACCAGACCCCCAGGUUCUUCCUCCUUGUUUGGAGAGAGGUGCAACAUCUGUGGCUCAGCCCUAGUCUGUAGCCAGCUUAGAGCUCACAAGACUCAUCAGUCCUAAUGCCCUUCUGCGAGAUGAAACCUGAAGUGCGUAGUGGAUCAUAUGGUCCAACAAAAGAUACAGAAAUUAUCCUAAAUACCCCAAAAUGGUCCUGAUAACCUAAUGGGAAAUUAUGUCAGUAUGUGGGCAUAUUACAAAAGGAGAAAGAAAAACCGCCAGCUCAAGUGCUAUUUUCCAUGUUAGCAAGACACAGGAAGGAAACAUGUUACAUUAUGGCAGUGUUCUCUGACAUUAUAUAAUCCAUUCCAUUUUCACCCUGGACAUUUCUGUUUUACAGUGUUUUGAGCUAUUUUUAAAACAGUGUUGUAUCAUAUCUGGAUCAAAUACAGAUAUAUAUUAUAUGUUUCAUCUAGCUGUAAAAGACUUUAAUCUUAACUCUUUUAAUAUCCUGGAUUUAAUUAAAAGCUCAUGUUGGGGUCUUCACAAAUGAGAACCUCUUCAAAAGACUUACAGCAUUUGUAUUAAUCUCACUGAAAAUUUUCGACACCACCCACCUUGUGUUUUUAAUUCUUGGUGUUGUGUUCCCCUUCUUCCUCUGUCCUUUUUUGUUUCAAGAAGGUGGAUUUUUGAAAAGUAGAUAAAUUGACUGAUGAGCAAUAAGGACCUUAUCUUUACCACAACAAUGAAAAUAAGGAAGAUCUAACACUGAAGAAGCACAGCAUACUGUGGUGUCUAUUUCUGAAAGCAAAUGGAAAUCUUGCUCAGUUGGUAUUUAAAGCAGGAAACGAAAUGCCUGCUUUAAUGGUGAAGCAGCGUUAACAUUUCUCCUGUAGAGCAGCACAGAGAAGAGGGACGCUGCAGCAAAGCAGUGACUGGGCGCGGCAUUAUCUCCAUGGAGCUGCCGUUUGACUUUCCCCGCUCUCACCGGUAGAAGGACAAAGGAACAAUGAAAUCAUACUCACUGCAAACUGUUAUUGAAUCAAUCUCCCUUCCUCUCUCUCUCUUCCUAUUUCUCCCUCCCCGCCAGAUCACAUUUUUUCCUUAGCAAAAUGACUUUAAAAACUACGAAUUCUAUGAUUUUCAAGGACAUCCUUAGAGAUAAAACUAGAUUUCCAGCAUAUCUUUCUAAGGGGGAAAAAACAAACAGAAAACAUUGUGCUUUUAAUUGAGUCUUAGUUGCUGAGCGCGUUUACCUAAAUGUAUUAUUUUCAGACUACAUCUUAGCCACAGCCACAGGGAUCAUGUUUCAUUGCACUUACCUAUUCGCCGUGUCUGCCUAUCCUUGGUAAAUACAUUACUAUCUCCAAAUUGCCUAAAAUCUGCUAUGAUUCUACAGUAAAUAGCUCAGGGGAUUUCUUUUUAUCACUACUAAAAGGGCACCGUAGUAUGUUCUGGUACUUUAGGCAGUAAAUAGCUGCUUGAUCUAUUAUUUUGUUAUUAAACUAGAAUGAGAACAUCAAAUGGAUUUGCUGCACUAGCUAUUCUUUGUACUGUUGAGCAACUUGGUUUGCUUAUCUGUUGUUGGUUGAAGAACUCAUCCUUUUUUGUCUUGUAAUAUGAAGUUAGAGUGCCUUUUUAUAUUUGUAUAUUCUGAAAAUGUUCUGUGAAAUGUUUUGUAUUUUUUCAUUUGAGUGUUAUCAGAGCAAUAUAAUGCCAGUGAGUUUUCAUUUCAGUCUUUCUUUGAAUGUAUAAAGUGUCUUUUUUUCCUAUUUUCCCUUUUACCUGCUUUGAAAUGAAAACAGAAAUGCUGAAGUUUUCUAUAGGAAUUAUGUUUGAUUUUGCAGUGCUAAAAUGCUUUCUUCUUACAAAACUGUAAACCAUAGGUCAGUGUUAUAGGGGAAAAGCGUUUCAAGAUAGUGACAAUCUGAGUGUGUGUAAAAAAUUUAAUUCUCUGCAUUUCUUAUGCAGUGAUCUAAAAAUUCAAUGCAAAUAUCUUUUCUUUGGUAGUUUUGUCUACAUAUUUUAUGCUUUAGCAUGUGCAAUAUAUCUUUGCAAAGCACGAUGAUACAAAUCUGGUGCCAGUGUUAUAUUUUGCAUAACAUAUUUGUAACAGCAUAAAAUAUUGUUUGAUGAUUUCAGUGGGAUUUUGUCUGUAAUGUUUUCUUAUGUAAAUUGGAGUUGAAUGACUCUGGUAAAUGUCAUGACUGUAAAAAUGAGGAAAAUGACUUUUAGUUCAGUGAAUGACUUUCAACCAGUCUGAAUCUACUCAAGCACAGUUUAAUACUUUUUCAACUACUGAAUGCUAAUAAUGUAAUUAAGUACUUAACUGUAAUAUACUUUGAAAAUGCAUUCAGAUGGAUAUUUUUACAAAUAAAAAUGGUACAAAUAUUGUU